GGAGCGUUUACAGGGAUGCGCAUGCUUCGAUCUGGACGCACUGUGCGUAUAUAUAUUGACAAUAUCGGAGCGUCGAUGCGUAUGAAAACACUCUCCAGAAAACAGGUCAAACCGAUCUGGACUGAGAGCGGUAGCUGUCCUCCCUUAGGUCAUUAUUUUUUUUUUAUUAUAAUUAUUAUAAUUAUUGGUUCCAAGCUGCAGCUGACUGGGACCGACUACCGGAGCCGCUGCUGAUCGUCACCUCGGUUUCAUUAUGGCGGAGACCGGGUCUCCGGCUGAAUUCUCGGGCUCCCUUGCGAGCGUGAACCUCCCUCCUCCGAGGACCCGCAUCUUCAAGAUCAUCGUGAUCGGGGACUCCGGGGUCGGGAAGACGUGCCUGACCUACCGCUUCUGCGCCGGCAAGUUCCCCGACAAGACCGAGGCCACGAUCGGGGUGGACUUCAGGGAGAGGCUGGUCGAGAUUGACGGCGAGAAAAUCAAGAUCCAGCUGUGGGACACUGCCGGCCAGGAGCGCUUCAGGAAAUCCAUGGUGCAGCACUACUACCGCAACGUGCACGCCGUCGUCUUCGUCUACGACGUCACCAACGCCACCAGCUUCCGCAGCCUCCCCGCCUGGAUAGAAGAGUGCAAGCAGCACGCCUUGGGCACGGAGGUGCCCCGGAUCCUCGUGGGGAACAAGUGCGACCUCCAGGACUCCGUCCAAGUGGGCACGGACGUGGCGCAACAGUUUGCGGACGCCCACUCCAUGCCGCUGUUCGAGACGUCCGCAAAGAACCCCAACAGCCAAGGGGAGGGGAACUAUGGAAACAGUGACCACGUGGAGGCUAUUUUUAUGACGGUGGCCCACAAGCUGAAGUCUCAGAAGCCCCUGGUGCUCAGCCAGCCGCCCGAGGCGUCGGGGGGCGGCGCCGUCAACCUGAACCGGGGACGGGAGGACGGGGCGGACGGGGGCAGGAGCUGGAGCUGCAGCAGCUGCUGAGAGGAGGAGAACGUCAAGGGAGGAAGGUAGACGACUUCAGCCCGAUGCUCCUCGGGGGCUGGUGUGGGCGGAGGGAAGAGUGGAAGUCAACAACACAAAAAAAAAAAAAAAAAAGACAAAACGGAUCUGGCUUCACGAUCAGAGGAACGCAGGGACGAGGAUACAUCUUUUCACUGCUUGUGCUCAUGAGUGAUUUUUAAAUGGUUAUGGGUACUGUUUUACAAUGUUUGUUGCUCCUUGGGAAUGUUUCAGAGAACGUGGCCAAAAAUACAGAUUCCUUAAAUAGUUUGUGUCCUUUUAAGAACAACUAAAGUCCUCGAAGGAGGUGGACAAAAUAACAGGACGCUUCAUAACGGAGUAGCAUACGUGACUUUUCGUUUGGGGUUCGGGUUAAGGUUGUGGAGAUGGACUCAUGUUCGAAUGUGAUUCAGAUUCAGACAACUUUAUUUAUCCCAACAGGGCAAUUCAUUUGCAGCCUUUCCACCUGCAUCUCAUAUACAGUCAAUCAAUCAAUGAAAUAAACAAAGAAGGCAAGGACACAAUAAGUGCAUGGGCCCAUAAAUAAAAUAAAAUGAUCGAUCACAAAGUCGGUGCUCGUUAGGAUCAAUAAUAAUCAGAUGUAAAAAUCCAAUAAAUAAAUAAAUAGAUUCAACAAAUAAAUAGUUAAAGCCUUAAAAAUUGUUUCAUCUAAAAUGAGUGAGGUCUGUGUUUAAAAGCUUAAUAUGAGAAAGAAUAAAAGAUUGGGCAAAUUAUAGAUUAAGUUUAAUAAGUAGUUUAAUAAAGAUCUGCUCGGACGGCCCAUUGAACCAGCAGAUAAAGGAAAAGGUUAAAAUUCUUUCAAUAAAAGAACGAUGAAAGUUACAUAGAACAGCAUCACAGACAUUAAAAGAACGUAAUUUCCCCAUUAAAUAAAAUGUGAUUUUUUUUCUGCCUCCUUUAAAUGCAGCUCUAAUUAAAGACGGCCUGUGGAGUUUUUUUCCUUUAAACCAAUAAAUAAUAACAGUUUUUUGUUUUACAUUACAUCUGUUUCACAAGAGUAAUUUACCGUAUUUUAUUAAGAAAUCUCGCUGCCGGUUGCACUGUUCAAAGUUACUGCAUGACGCUGUUAAUACAAACUUCUGCAUCUUAAAUUAUGAGGCAACUACUGUUUCAUUUCUCAAUAAUGCUCUUAUUGUGAAACAUCUCCUGGAAGGUGUUGUGGGAAACCCAUUAACCCCGACUUUAACUAGAUGUGUAAUUCUUAGAAAAUAUCCUCGAUCCCUUCGUUUUUCUAAAAUUUGAAAAUAUAAUUUCACUCGUAGGUCGCCGCUGUUGUUUACGUCGCAAUGCAGUCUGGGUAAUGAUGUCAAACGUUCCCUCUGCCUAGUUCGGUAAAUUCUCUGACGCUGUAGUUGUGACUCUACAGCGAGAAAAUCUAUUCAGCCUUUUGAGUUUGAACCUGAAGGAGGAAAACAGAAAUAAUAACCAAAAAGAGUAUUAUCGUGGGGGUCCUCAAGGUAGAUCCACUAAAGCGGAAUACGCUACUACAAGUCUAAACCACUUAUUAGUCCAAGAAAAAGAGCGUAGACGUAAUUUAAACUCCACAGAAACUCCACAGGGUGCCUUUUUUUAAAUUUUUUUUUUUAAUUUUACGUCAUCCAGCAACGAUUAGUUUUGCUAUAGGUGAAAAAGGGCACAACCAUCAACCAUAGUGACGAGGUUUAAUGUGGUAUCGCAGGGUUUAAGUUUGUAUAUUAAGUGCAUUUCUCAUUUCCAGUGAACAGUGAACAUAAGCUCAGACGAAAGACAUUCAGGUCAGGUUUUCAUGAGGGGUUGAGCGCUAGUUAAAGGAGCAGUAAGAGAUCAACCACAAAGUCACAAAGAAGCUCUGACAGCGUGAGAAAAAUAAGAAUUUCCUCAUGAAUGAUGAGCAUAAUGAUGUGGCAGCAUUAUUCUGAGGUACAUGGGUUCAAAAGGAGCAUUAAUUUAAAUGCUCCUCUUUUGGGAGACUGUAAGUAAAGACGUACAGCUCCUCUACAGUGAAGCCAAAGCAACUAGAGCUCCCCCUGGUGUCUGUCUGCAGUAUAGGUCAUAAGCUCCACCUCCUCCAUGUUAGUGGAUUUAACUUGGGCCAAACUAAAACAAACUAUUUUGGCUUCACUUCGGCUGGUUCACACGCCGCCCUUCUUUAAAUAUAAUUUAAAUACUUCCCCCAAGUGGCCAAAAAAAGUAAAUAAAUAAAUAAAAUAAAAUUACCGCAGCUUUAAAUGAGGUGACAGCUUUGUUUUAGCUCAGUGUUUUAGCAUGCGGCCGCUAAUACUUUGCACUUAGCGAUGGGGAGAAUGCACCAGGGAUCUGCUGAAGGACUCAAAAGGGAACCUUUAACAAUAGGAGGAAGAUCAGAAAAGGGAUAGUCUUUGUUCGCCACUAAACAGAAGUAAAGUAACGUGUAGGUUAGCGAUUUUAAGCAGUGAAAACACAUACGUCUGAUAAAGAGUAAAGGCGUCGUAGUGCUCGCCCAGGCCUCCCCUCACGUACAUGGAUGCCUUCUCUCACUAGCUACGCUGUAUGUCAAGCCCGUGAUACAAUAUUCAGCAUGUCUUGCACCGUUGUACAAUAUAAUCUUUUAAAACCGCGGCAGCCCCCCCCCCCCACUUCGACUGUCAUCCAUAUCAGGUUAGUUUGCAGUCGUGGGCCUUUUAGUGCUUUUGGAUACGUUUGCCGUGACCACAGCUGGUCCUGUGGCUCCAUCUGCUGAUCACCGCCACCGCGUUACGUCUUCGUAGAGGACGCAGACUAUCAAACCAAACGGCCUUCUCUCAGGACUAACUGUUCAGAGGCUAUGCACACGGGAAGCAGGAGACGUCCCGAGCGUCUCUGUGGCCCUGUCAGCAACGCAGCAGAAGACAAGACAUUGUGUGGGUGUGUUAUUGUUCUAGAUUUGGUUGCUGCUUUAUCCUGUUCUCAAAGUGUCCUUUGUAAUUUCAUUUUGCCUUAUUAUUUUUUUUUUAUUAUUAUUAUUUUCGUUCACUAAAGCCACAAUCAACCAACACUGCUCUUGUACGUGAAUGAGAAUAAUGAAACUACUGGGGAUGAGUGAUGAAGGGAAGAUGCUUGCAGUGGUUUUGUCAUGUGUAACCUGCAAUAAACUACCCUGAACAUUUCAACAAAAAAAAAAA